GCCCUCCCUGGCCACAAUGUGGGCUUCAACAUUAAAAAUGUAUCUGUAAAGAACCUUCGGAGAGGUGAUGUGGCAGGUAACGCACAGCAGGACCCACCAUCCGAUGUCAGCAGUUUUAUUGCUCAGAUCAUAAUGCUGAAUCACCCAGGCAAAAUCAAGGUUGGCUACUCCCCUGUACUAGAUUGCCACACAACUCAUGUUUCCUGUCGUUUUGCUGAGCUGAGGGAGAAGCUUGAUCGGCGUUCGGGGAAGAAACUGGAGGACUGGCCCCAGUACCUGAUGUCGGGAGAUGGUGCUACAAUCAAACUCGUCCCAAACAAACCCUUAUGUGUGGAGAGCUUCUUU